ACCUUUCCCCCAACCUUCACUACACUUUCUCUCCAACACGUAUAUAUAAACAAUAAACUUUAGAGCCCACCCGUCACUCUUCACCCUCGUCUACUGAAACCCAUUUCUCCACCGAGCCUCUUUACUCUUUUCGGAUUCCUCUCCGCCCCCCAUCUCAAAAUUUGCUUUGUGGAUUCAGGGCAACUAUGUCAACCAUGUCAACUGUGAAACUUCCCUUCCAUUGCAUGUCAAGAACUGCACCUCAGAACCGUUUCACCAGCGCCAUUGUCAAGCGGCCAUUCUCUAUUGGAUCUGUAAAAAGCAUCAGCAAAGCUUUUGGAUUGAAAGCAUCCCCCUCUUUCAGAGCAUCCGCAAUGGCAGUAUACAAGAUUAAGCUUGUAGGACCAGAUGGUGAAGAGAAUGAGUUUGACGCCCCUGAUGAUGCUUACAUCCUAGAUUCAGCUGAGAAUGCUGGAAUUGAGCUGCCUUAUUCAUGCAGGGCUGGGGCUUGCUCUACCUGUGCUGGGAUGAAGGUUUCCGGCUCGGUGGACCAGUCUGAUGGUUCAUUCCUUGAUGACAAUCAAAUGAAGGAAGGUUAUCUGCUGACUUGUGUCUCAUACCCGACCUCAGACUGUGUGAUUCACACACACAAGGAAGCUGAUCUUUACUGAGUGAUUGUGUUUUCAGCAUUUGAGUAGGGUUUUGAAAUCUUGUUGUCUAGAAUGGUUAUGACUACCAGAUGUUCAUGUCUUUCUUUAAAUGUUAUCAUGUUUUGUAUUUUUGGAAUGCCAUUUAAUUAGAUUUUAAUCGUAAUUCCGUUGCAUA